UAUUUCACAGCUUCUUCCCUCGAGAAUCUAUGUCUUCACUACUACCGUUCAUGCCAGCACUUUGGCCAUGGGACAAGGUGAAGCUUGGCCCUGUAAAGGUCUCUCCAAUGGGAUUGGGAACUUGGGCAUGGGGUAACACACUGCUGUGGGGAUACAAUCCCUCCAUGGACAACGAGCUUCAGCAGCUCUUCAACUUUGCAACUUCCAAAGGUGUUAAUUUCUUUGACACAGCGGAUUCGUAUGGCACAGGAAAACUGAAUGGGCGAAGCGAGAUUCUUCUGGGCAAAUUUAUCCGAGAGUUCCAACAAGGCACUCAAAAAGAUAUUGUGAUUGCCACCAAGUUUGCGGCUUAUCCAUGGCGAGUUACACCAUGGCAAAUGGUUCAAGCUUGCAAAGGAUCUUUGCGAAGAUUACAAAUGGAACAGCUUGGAAUUGGUCAGCUGCAUUGGUCAGCUGCAAAUUAUGCUCCAUUCCAAGAACAAGCACUGUGGUCCGGCCUUGCGGAAAUUUACAAGGAGGGACUUGUGAAGGCCGUGGGUGUAAGUAACUAUGGACCGAAGCAACUGGUAAAAAUCCACAAGUAUUUGGAAAAGCAAGGAGUUCCUCUAAGCUCUGCCCAGGUCCAAUUCUCUCUUCUAAGCAUGGGGACCGAUCAAAUGGAGGUUAAAUCCGUGUGCGAUGACUUGGGAAUCAAAGUCAUUGCUUACAGUCCUUUAGGACUUGGAAUGCUCACGGGAAAAUACCAAGCGUCGUCAACCAGCCUUCCACAGGGACCGCGGGGAUUGCUCUUCUCUCGAGUUUUGCCGGGAAUUACACCGCUGCUGGACGCCCUGGAAGAGAUCGCGAGAAAAAGGAAGAAGACAAUGUCACAGGUAGCAAUCAACUGGUGCAUUUGCAAGGGAACGAUCCCAAUCCCCGGAGUCAAGACCCUGGAUCAAGCACGAGAGAACCUGGGCGCGCUUGGCUGGCGGCUCUCCAGCGACGAAAUCGCCCAGAUCGAAGCAGCAGCAGCGAAUUCUCCCCAGAAGAUGAUCCAAAACAUCUUCCAGACGAAGUGAAAGCUUUCGCGCGCAAACUCAGAAGUUUAAAAAAGAUUUUGAAAUCUAGGGUUUGCAAA